CGCCCCGGCCGCUGGAGGGGCGCCCGGCUCCCGGCUCCCGGCCCCGGCUCCCGGCUCCCGGCCCCGGCCCUCUCUCCCGCUCGCGCCCCGCCCCGGCCUCGGCAGGCAGACGCCAUCCGCCGCCUGGGCUGUGAAUGAAAGGCGAGAGCCGCCGGGGCUGGCUGCAGGCGACGCGGCGACGCGGCCUCCCGGGGGGCGCUCGGCUCGCGCCGCGGAGAUGUACGGUGUGUGUGGUUGCUGUGGUGCCCUACGCCCCAGGUACAAAAGGCUUGUUGACAACAUCUUCCCUGAGGAUCCUGAGGAUGGCCUGGUGAAAACCAACAUGGAGAAGCUGACCUUCUAUGCCCUCUCAGCUCCAGAAAAGCUAGAUCGUAUUGGCGCCUACCUCUCCGAGAGGCUCAUCCGUGAUGUAGGUCGUCAUCGAUAUGGGUACGUGUGCAUCGCCAUGGAGGCGCUGGACCAGCUGCUCAUGGCCUGUCACUGCCAGAGCAUCAACCUCUUCGUGGAGAGUUUCCUCAAGAUGGUGGCCAAGCUGCUGGAGUCGGAGAAGCCCAACCUGCAGAUCCUCGGCACCAACUCAUUUGUGAAGUUCGCCAACAUCGAGGAGGACACCCCAUCCUAUCACCGGAGCUACGACUUCUUUGUGUCACGCUUCAGUGAAAUGUGCCACUCCAGUCACGAUGACUUGGAAAUCAAGACUAAAAUCCGAAUGUCGGGCAUCAAAGGUCUACAAGGAGUGGUGAGGAAGACAGUGAAUGACGAAUUGCAGGCCAAUAUCUGGGACCCACAGCACAUGGACAAGAUCGUUCCCUCACUGCUUUUCAAUCUGCAGCACGUAGAGGAGGCGGAGAGCCGCUCUCCUUCGCCCCUCCAAGCACCAGAGAAGGAAAAGGAGAACCCGGCGGAGUUGGCUGAGAGGUGCCUUCGGGAACUGCUGGGCCGGGCUGCCUUUGGCAACAUAAAAAAUGCCAUUAAGCCUGUUCUCAUCCAUCUGGAUAAUCAUACUCUCUGGGAACCAAAGGUGUUUGCCAUCCGUUGCUUUAAAAUCAUCAUGUACUCAAUUCAGCCGCAGCACUCCCACCUGGUUAUCCAGCAGCUCCUGAGCCACCUGGACGCCAACAGCCGCAGCGCGGCCACGGUGCGGGCGGGCAUCGUGGAGGUCCUGUCCGAGGCUGCCGUCAUCGCUGCCACCGGCUCUGUUGGGCCCACGGUGCUGGAGAUGUUCAACACUCUGCUGCGGCAGCUGCGGCUCAGCAUCGACUACGCCCUGACCGGGAGCUACGACGGUGCGGUAACCCUCGGCACCAAGAUCAUCAAGGAGCACGAAGAGUGCAUGUUCCAGGAGGCCGUCAUCAAGACGAUAGGCUCCUUUGCUAGCACGUUGCCCACUUACCAGCGCUCCGAGGUGAUCCUCUUCAUCAUGAGCAAGGUCCCUCUGCCUUCCCUGCACCACCCUGUGGAGAUGGGGAAAACAGGGGAGAACAGGAACCGACUGACCCAGAUUAUGCUGCUGAAAUCCCUCCUUCAGGUGUCCACAGGUUUCCAGUGCAACAACAUGAUGUCAGCCCUGCCCAGCAACUUCCUUGACCGCCUUCUCUCCACCGCCCUCAUGGAGGACGCAGACAUCCGCCUCUUCGUUCUAGAGAUUCUCAUCAGUUUCAUUGAUCGUCAUGGCAACCGCCAUAAGUUCUCUACUAUCAGUACCCUUGGUGACAUCUCUGUGCUGAAGCUGAAAGUGGACAAGUGCUCCCGACAGGAUACUGUCUUCAUGAAGAAGCACUCCCAGCAGCUCUACAGACACAUCUACCUGAGCUGUAAGGAGGAAACCAACAUACAGAAGCACUACGAGGCUCUCUACAGCUUGCUGGCGCUCAUCAGCAUCGAGCUGGCCAACGAGGAGGUAGUGGUAGACCUCAUCCGCCUGGUGCUGGCUGUUCAGGAUGUGGCCCAGGUCAAUGAAGAGAACUUGCCUGCGUACAACCGCUGCGCUCUCUAUGCGCUGGGGGCGGCCUACCUGAACCUCAUCAGCCAGCUCACCACGGUGCCUGCCUUCUGCCAGCACAUCCAUGAGGUGAUAGAGACCAGGAAGAAAGAGGCUCCAUGCAUGCUGCCUGAGGAUGUGUUUGUGGAGAGACCCAGGUUGUCCCAAAAUCUUGAUGGAGUGGUAACUGAACUGCUCUUCCGCCAGAGCAAGAUCAGUGAAGUCCUGGGAGGCAGUGGCUACAAUUCCGACAGGCUCUGCCUGCCCUACAUCCCUCAGCUGACAGAUGAGGAUCGCUUAUCCAAGAGGAAGAGCAUUGGAGAAACCAUUUCCCUGCAGGUGGAGGUAGAAUCUAGGAACAGCCCAGAGAAGGAGGAGCGUGUGCCUGCCGAGGAGAUCACCUACGAGACGCUGAAGAAGGCCAUCGUGGACAGUGUGGCUGUCGAGGAGCAGGAGCGUGAACGGCGACGACAGGUGGUGGAAAAGUUCCAGAAGGCACCCUUUGAGGAGAUUGCAGCACACUGUGGGGCCAGGGCCUCACUGCUGCAGAGCAAACUCAAUCAGAUCUUUGAGAUCACCAUCCGGCCCCCACCCAGCCCAUCAGGAACCAUCACUGCAGCCUAUGGCCAGCCUCAAAACCACUCCAUCCCCGUCUACGAGAUGAAGUUUCCUGAUCUGUGCGUAUACUGAGUUCUGAGAGAAGGCGCUCCUCAGAGGGGCGGGGUCUGAGGGAGGGGCUCGCCCUCAAGCCCACCCCUGUGACAUGGAAAUCUAACUGGGAUCUCAGAGAAAAAGCACCUUGGAUGGCAGCAUGGCCCCAACUAAGCAAGGUGGAGCUCGGGCCCCCUCUCUGCCCUUCUGCCACCUCCUUGUCCUCCCUGAGGGAGACCCAGCCACCUGUCCCUCCACAGCCAACAAGCAUCUCACCUGGGCCCUUUGUCUCCUUUGUGUCAGCCAGGGGUGAGAAUGGGGUGGGGACCUUCCAGAGAGAGGCUGAGGUCCCUAGAAGCCCCUGCUUGGUGUAGCGGGUGAAGGGCUCUCAUGGGGUUGGGCUGGGGGGCAGAGCUAUCAUCCCCAAGGAGGGAACUAGACAGAGACCAGCUGGUCACAGGACGCUGUGGACUGCAGUCAGGAAGAGGCCAGGCAAGCUCUCCUGGUAUGGCCGUGGGCUGCAGGCUGGAAGACAGGGUGGAUACUCCCCCUCAGCACGACCCUCCUCCUGCCUUAGUCGGGGAGCCCAAGCGCCCCAGCACUCUUCUGUGUCUUCCACUUUCCUGCUCACCCGCCAGUUGUUGCUUUGCAAUUCUGUCUGUUAAUUAAUGUGGGGCCCUUAAGCAGGAGCUGGGAUGGAGACACCAUGUGGGGGCAGCAAAGGAUGAAAUGAAGGGCAGGCUGGGCAGCUGGGCCAGGGAGCGUCCACACGGGCGGACAUGGCAAGUCCAUGUCCCUCUGUAGCAUCUUCUCACCUCCUGUGUUCAAAGGGAGUUUGAUGGGCCCUCUCAUGGUUCUCUCCCUUCUGGAUGUUUCUCUAAGUUGAGUUCUGUCUUCCUGAGUAUCCCAACUUGGUUCUACAGUCUCUGGGUUGAGGGAGAGCAGAAUGAGAUAAUCAGGUUCUAGGAGAAUCAAAAGGAGGAGGAAAUGCAGGGCCCUGCAGGCCUGCCCACGUCACCCCCUGUGGAAGAGGCAGGUUGGAUGAGGGAGGCUGGAAGGAAGGGGAGGUGAGGGGAGUAGAACUUUGCAGCUCAAGGAUGUCAGAAGUCAACCUUUUGGAUAUUUCAUUAGAAGAAAGAAUGGUCCAGCACCUAAUACUGGAAUGAUUUCUUCACACUUUGGACAAGGCCUAAAUAUCAAUGCUAACCGGCAAUGCUGGGGGUCUGGGGAGAGGUGGCAGAGACCCUUUUGGGUUCUGGGCUUCCAUUUUCUCUGGGUGCCAUUGUUCUGUCUGUGUAGAGGUGGAGCUACUGGCAGAGCCAGAGGGCCUUUUGCAGCUCUUAUCCCCACUUCCCCAUCUCAUCCCUGCUCCAGGGAUCUUCCUGCCUCCAAAGCCUCUACACCUUGCCUGUGGCAGUGCCCUGAGGUCCAAAGUAGCCCUUUUCCCUUCUUCCAGUCAAACUUCCCCAAACGUUUCUGAACUUAUGUAACUCACUGUAAGGUGUGAAUGGUCAGAUGAUUCCUCCCUAGAAAAUUGGCUUUUUAAAAAGAGGGAGGAUGAGUAGAUUUCUUGACCCAAAGGAAUCCCUUUAUAGGGUACCCCUUUUUAGUAUAGGGUGGGGUCAGAAGUGGACUGUUUCUGCUAAAGACAGGUUCUUGGGACAUCCUUGGGUCACACCCCUGCAAGAUGGCCCUGCACAGAUGCACUAUGAGAGCCUGAUUAUUAGGACAAAUAGGUAUAUUUCCCAAACUGGGAGAACCUUAACAUAUGCAUUUUUCCAUUACAUAUGCAAUAAAUAUCUUGGGUUGAGGGCAGCAAUCUGACCCUCAUCCCUGCAGUUCCUGCCUUUGGUCACUGCCUUCUGUGCUGAGGGCCCAUGGCUUCUGGGUGGCCUGAGUGAUUACAGGGCCCAGGGAACCUGGCUUCUGCUCUUCCAUAGCUCUUGGCUCUGCUCUGUGGCUUUUGGCUAAGGCUUAAUGCAAAUUUACAAGCACAAAAUGAGAUUUCUCUUUAACUUAAUGUCACCUUAUUAAGAAACCAAGUUUAAAUAGCUUGAAACAAACUUGAAGACAAAUAGCCUUCGAAAGAAAGUUCACAAAAAAAUCUAAAUCUUUAGCCACAAACAUGUCUUUACUCACUGGAUUUUUCCAUCUUUAUCCCCUGCUUGGCUUUGAUAAGAAACCCUGUUUCCUUCUUGUGCCUCUUUGACUUUAGAGUCCAUCCCCAUGGCCAUUGUACCCUGAGCACUGCCCUUGGAGCCCCGGUUCUUGGGAGUCAUGCCUCAAGACCCUCUGGAGAGCCGGGACUAAAACUAGAGACCUGCAGGUGCAGUCAGAUAUCACUCCCUCAUCCCUACCCUGGAAAUAGAAAAAAAAUGCAGGAUUACCAUUCUUUAUACACUCAACUGCCAUUUCCUGUGUAUGUGUCCAAAUCACUUUUUCUUUACAUCACUGCUUAGCAAAGAUAGGCUCCUUUUGGAGAACUGGCCAUUUCUGCGUGCCCUCUUCUCACUUUCAAUUUAAACUUACACUCAGUAGAAUAUUAGGUUGCCUACUGGCAUUCAGCUGAACCUGGAUUCUGGUCAAAUGUUCUUAGAAUCAAAAAGUUUAAGAUGAGUUUUAACUGGAA